AAGGACUGAGCUCUUUGGGCUGUGUUGAUCUCGUUGGGACACUGGAGUCGUCGGUUGGCGGGCAACGGGUUCGAGGCUGUAGGGGCGGCGCGAGCAAAACCCGCGGCCCCACCCCGGCCCGGCCUGGCAGGUAGCAGAGGCAGCAGGCCGUGCCGGGGGGCCAUGUUGCUGUGACCAGUGGCCCAGGGAAUGUUACGGUGGACGGUGCACCUGGAGGGUGGGCCCCGCAGGGUGAACCAUGCUGCCGUGGCCGUGGGACACCGGGUCUACUCCUUCGGGGGUUACUGCUCUGGAGAAGACUAUGAGACGCUGCGGCAGAUCGACGUGCACAUUUUCAAUGCAGUGUCCCUGCGUUGGACAAAGCUGCCCCCGGUGAAGCCCGCUAUCCGUGGGCAGGCUCCCGUGGUACCCUACAUGCGCUACGGACACUCGACCGUCCUCGUCGACGACACAGUCUUCCUGUGGGGCGGGCGAAAUGAUACUGAAGGCGCCUGCAAUGUGCUCUUUGCCUUCGAUGUCAAUACUCACAAGUGGUCCACACCCCGAGUGUCAGGCGCAAUUCCUGGAGCCCGGGAUGGACAUUCGGCUUGUGUACUGGGCAAAAUCAUGUACAUUUUCGGGGGCUAUGAGCAGCUGGCAGACUGUUUCUCCAAUGACAUUCACAAGCUGGACACCAGCACCAUGACCUGGACCCUCAUCUGUACCAAGGGCAACCCUGCACGCUGGAGGGACUUCCAUUCCGCCACAAUGCUGGGCAACCACAUGUAUGUCUUUGGGGGUCGGGCUGACCGCUUUGGGCCAUUCCAUUCCAACAACGAGAUUUACUGUAACCGUAUCCGAGUCUUUGAUACCAGGACGGAGGCCUGGCUGGACUGUCCACCCACUCUGGUGCUGCCUGAGGGCCGUCGGAGCCACUCAGCCUUUGGCUACAAUGGGGAGCUGUACAUUUUUGGUGGCUAUAAUGCAAGGCUGAACCGGCACUUCCAUGACCUCUGGAAAUUUAAUCCCGUAUCCUUUACUUGGAAAAAGAUUGAACCGAAGGGGAAGGGACCAUGCCCCCGUCGGCGCCAAUGCUGCUGUAUUGUUGGUGACAAGAUCGUCCUUUUUGGGGGUACCAGUCCGUCUCCUGAGGAAGGCCUGGGAGAUGAAUUUGACCUCAUAGAUCAUUCUGACUUACAUAUCUUGGACUUUAACUCAUCACACACGUCAUUUGAGGAGCUGUUGGAGUUGCAGAAGCAAGUGGGCACAAAGACGCAUCAGCAUGAGCUAGCUGGAAGCAGCACGAAGAAGCAAGGGGCCAGACCACCCGCACAGGCUGCGUGCGUGGCAGACAAGCACAGGCCUCUGGAGAUGUCAGCCAAGGUGCGGGUACCAUUUUUGCGUCAAGUUGUGCCUGUCAGUAAAAAGAUAGCCCGAGACCCCCGUUUCGACGAUCUCUCUGGGGAGUAUAAUCCUGAGGUGUUUGAUAAAACAUACCAAUUCCUUGAUGACAUCCGUGCCAAAGAGAAACAGCUUGUGAAAAAGCAGCUGAAGAAGCACCGCUCAGGGGAGGAACAUGACAAACUGCAGCAGCUGCUCCAGCGAAUGGAGCAGCAAGAACUGGCACAGCAGGAACGCAAGCGGCAGCAGGAGUUGCGCUUGCAACUGAAGCAGGAGCGGCGGGCUCAGGCCCAGCUGGGCCAUCGGCCAUAUUUCUUGAAGAAAUCGGAGCAGCGCCAGUUGGUCCUAGCUGAGAAAUUCAAGGAGCUGAAACGCAGCAAGAAGCUGGAGAGUUUCUUGAGUAGAAAGAGGCGGCGGAAUGCAGGCAAGGACAGGCGACAUCUCCCUUUCAGCAAAGAGCGCUAAGAUCUGCCUCCAGCUCUGCCGCUGCCCCAGACUGGCACACUUGGGCGUGGCCCGACCUUUCCUGUGAACUAGAUUGCCUGAGAGAAGACCAAGGGCACCUGGACAGAACUAGGAGUGUGCCACUCAGGAAGUGGCGCUCUGUUCUUGAAUUUGGUUCAUCAUGUCCUUCUGUCAUCCUCUGUCCUCACUUUAAAAUGAUGCUGAUACAGAAAGGGGCCCCGGCCUGGCCUUCAGGUGGAGUACGGCCUAGAGUCUGCCAGUGGCUCCCAUGGCUGGGACCUAAUGUAGGGACCAGUUCCUAAACCAGUACAUUCAUCUUGUUCUGUUUUUCAGGGAUUGGGGCAGAGGGUACAGAACUGCUCAGUUUAGCCAGCCACCCGUGUGGUUGUAGGAGUCUCCUACCCAGGGCAGAGACUCCUUCUACUUAAAACAAAAGACACCAACAACCCUUCAAAGGGUGAGUCAGUGCGUGGGGACAUGACUCAAAGGGCUAAAACACUUGCUUGGCAUUCAGGAGCCCAGGAUUGAGCCCUAAAUCCACGUUCCCCUGAGCAUUGCUGGGAGUGCCCUCCCUCCCGCCCCAGCACUACCAGGUGUCCCAGAAACCAAAAAGCAGAAAAUAAAGAGUGACUCAACGUUAGAA